CCUCCUGUUCCCUGGGAUUGGCCUGAGAUGCUGCAGUCAGUCUCCACCUGCAAGGGGAGCAGGAGAGCACCGGCGUUUCCAGUGUGACAGCCAUACCUGUCUGGACUCCACUUGCCUGGCUUUCUCCACCUUGGUGACAGGCUGCUCAGCCCGCUAAGCAUCAGUUUCCCUGUGCAUGAAACGAGCUGAAUAUGACCCACCUCAUAGCAUUAUUCAGGGACUAAAUGAGGUGUUAUAUGACUAGUCACACAAUCCGACUCUGCGUGUGUUGGCCCACAGCACCUGUGGAACGGGUCAUUGUUCCUGGGCUAAACUGACCUUGGGAAUCAAGUGACUACUUCUUGCAGCAUGUACUCUCAGCUUCCAUUUUCUCAAUGUGUGUGAAGAAGAGACGGUGUUAGAACAGAAAGACAUCUGCAAACAUUCACACCCUGCAGAGGGCUGAGCAGAGGCUAAGGGCUUGAUGGCAGCUAAUUGUUCCCUGACAGAUGUCAGCUUUGCCUGUCUGUCUCUCUUGGUGUGUUUGCAGCGGUGCAGCAGGCUGGCAGCCUCUGCCAUUCUCUUUCUGCCUGGGUCCUCCCAAAUGCACCCCAAAUCCCAGCCAUGCUGCUUGAUCACCACAGGCCUGCCUGGUGACAACAGGCUGUGGUGAUUUUAUUUGUCACCUUUAGAGCUUGUGUAGCAGUGUUUCUUUUCUAGAGGUUCCAGAUGUUUGUCCUGCAGACAUCUCUUCCAGGAGAAAAGGGAAUAGAUGAGGAGGGUAGGCUGUAUUUCCUUGCUGUCCCAAACCUCUGGUCAUUAGCAUUCCCAGAAGGACAUGCAGCAUAAUGGCUGCAGACUCUAUGUGGUGCUGCCCUGGGCUCUGUAGCCUGGAGGGUCUCACAUCAGUUGCAGCCUGGCCUGGGUUUAGGUUAUUUUAAGCUGCCUCUGCAAUGCAGCUGCAAAUCCAGGAAAAGAGGAAUGAGGUGUCUGCUCAUCACGGAAGAGCUCUCUAAGCACAUGUUGUCACUGGCUUAGAGAGCAGGAGACAGUAUAAUUACAGUCAUUCCACGAGGUUCAUGCUGCUGCAUCGCCCCUUUCAGGAGCACCCCUCCCAUUUCUUUGGUGCCAAUACCUUUUCUUAAAAAGCCUCCUGGUAAAUUUCAAAAUGCCACUGGUAAAAGCAAACUGCCUCACUGAGCUCCUUAGUUAUUUGUUUAGAUUUAAUGUAUCUCCUUAGAAUUUUUUGGGAAGAGAUUGAAGACUCUUACACUGCCCCUUGGGGGAAAAGAGUGUCCAAGAGGAGGGGGAGGACGUUUCUUCUUCAACCCCAUGACCUCAACUGCAUUCCACAUGAAGCAUUAGCUUUAGGACAACAUUGGCACAGACUGAACCCUGAGAAUGCAGUUUGCCCACUCAUCUACUUAUUUAUUUGGUGUCUGAAUCAACAGGCUCUGGCCAGGAAGAGGAAGAGGGGAAGCUGUGAAACUCCUGUCCUUGGAAAGCUGUGUUUAGUGGACACCUAUCGGUCCUGAAUGGCAGGCAGAAUACUUGGUUCACAAGGGUAAAUUCUCUAACUCUGAACUUCCUUCUAUGUCAUUUCCAUCUGUCUGCCUUUUCUGAUUCCUCAGUAUUUUUUCUGCUUCAUUCAUGUAUGUAUUCAUUCAUCCAUUCAGUGAGCAUUCAUUAAAUGUCAACUACAUGCCAGGACUGCACUGGACACAGGGGCCAUUGUUCCUGCCCUUGAGCUUACAAGGCAGUGAGGGGCAGAAGAGCAGGGCUGAGUGGGCAGACAGUGAGGUCAGUGCUGCUCUGGGGGAAAGCCCGCAUGUCUGGGGCACGUGGAGCUGCAGAGCAUUGCCUAUUGGGUCUAGGCACUGGAGAGGCCUCUUGAAGUGGUCCUAGGGAAACAAGGUGGCAAUGAUUAGGUAGGAACUCAGUGAAAGAAAGAGAAAGAUGUUUAGAGGGAAAUUUUGAAAAUGUGGACAAAGAGUGUACAUGCAAACCCUCUCUCUAGUCCCCACAGCCUUUAGUAAGGGAUCAGAUUCCCGAGAACACACUGUGGGCUGGGAGCUCUGUGGAGGAUGUGCCAGCCAUGGCUCAGGUGCCAAUGAGGCUGCUGCCCCCACGUGACACGGAGAAGGCUGUUUGCAGAACAGCCACAGGUAGCAGCACAAAGAACAAGCGUGAAUGGGAAACACAGGUCCCAGGAGCUCUGCCUCCCUCUCAUGUGUCCAUUCACUUUGCAAUAGUCACUGAAUACCUGCCGCACGCACUGUCCUUGAGACUGGGAAACAGCCACAUCUCAGUCCUUUUGGACGUUUACAGAAUGACCAACAAAUAAAUGAAUCCAUGGCAUGUCAGACCAUGAUGGAGGAAGACAGAUAGGGAGAAAGACAAGGGAAGGAAAGGAGAUAGAGCAUGCAGGGCUGGCGUGAGGGUGGGAGCUGCCACAGUGACAGGUGCCAUUCAAACAAACCCUUGAGGGACCCAGCAUGUGAGUGCCUGAAGUAAGGGUGGUCCAGGCAGAGGAAACCUAAGUGCAAAAGCCUCGAGGCAGCAGCGGGCUUGCUGUGUUCAGGGAAAGACAAGGGGGUGUAGGAGGCAGAAGCAGAGCAGUGGGAGGGAGCGGGUGGGGAGGAGAGGGAGCUGGGGCCAGUGCAUGGAGGGCCGUGGAGGCUCUGUCUCAGGACAAGUUGAAAAGUCAAUGGAGGCUGUGGGCAGGGGAAUGGCAGAUGUGACCUCUGCUUCAAUGUGAGCACCCACGAUCAGGUCAACAUGGGUGCCGGCUUCAGAACAGCCAACUGGUGUCUGGCAAAAACUAACAAAAACAAAAAGAGUCUCCGGACCUCCUGAAACCGAUUAAACAAAAAUAUUUAUAGAACACCGAGUACAUGAAGGAUAUUUUGUGGGUAGUUUGGUUCCUCUCCUGAAGGAGAGAGCUUUCCGGGUGAGCUGGCGAUACAUGCACUUGGGGGAGAUGACGGCUCACUGCAGGGCAGUGCAUAUCCGUGCUGAAGGAGUGCCAGUGUUUCAGAAAUGGACACAGAGCAGGUCAGUUGAUGGACAGGGAAGAGGAGCACUCUCUAUGUGCCAGCACUGGGCCUUCUGGGGACGAGAUGAGCAUUUUUCUGUUGUACAUGAGAUACUGAGGAUCGUGCUAGGCAGAGGUGAGCCCUUUCCUGGAAGGAGUUAAUCUAGAAAGCAUAAUCUGUCUCAUUUGGGAGGAGCUAAAUAAAUCUCUCUUCAAUGAAGCAAAGGUCAAUAAGAAAAUGUGUAUUUUACGUAUAAAAUUACCUAUCAGAAUUUACCAUGAGGCAUAAUCUUAGUCAAUUGCCUAAAUUAAUUAUUUCAGACCACAAAUACUGAAACACCAAAUUGAUAAGGUGGCAACUAUUUCAGUUAUCUACUGCUGCAUAACAAGUGACCCCAAAGCUUAGGGACUUAAAACAAUAGUUUGUUAUUGCUUAUCAUUCUGUCAGCUGGGAGGUUCUUCUGCUGGCCUCACCUGGGAUCAUGCACAAGGCUACAUUUCCUAGGGUGUCAGCUGGGGGAUGGGCAUAGCUGGGAGGCUGGAUCACCUGAGUCUCUCUCCAUGUGGUAUUGUUUUAAAAUAUAGGUUUUAGCGCUGCCUCAGGAUGUAAAGUGUAACACAGGGGCGGGGUGGGCAGCAUGGGCCUGUGAGACUUGUGUGUGCCCCAAGCUCCCCCCCGCAGCCAGCUCUGCAGUGGUCUGCUCCGGUGGAUUUGGGUUCCAAAUGGAAGGCUGCGCGUUCUCUGCUGCUUAUUGUUGCCCCAGUUACUGUGGGGACCAUCAGAGCAGCCUUAGCGCUGCAGAGCCCGGGUCUACCUCUCAGCCCUAUUUUGGGUUGGUCCUGGUGGAGCUACGCAGGGUUAUGGCAGCACUGCCUCAAAAUAUGAUCACAGAUUCUAAUUCCCACGAGUUUCCAUGGGAAUUCGUGAUGUGGGCAGCUAUUGUUGGAGUUUUUGCUGUUCCCAUUUUUUUGUGGAGAAGUUGGAGAUCGGUUAGGAGUCGGCUUUAUGAGAGGAGAGAGAAAAAGCUUGCCAGUGCGCUUUCUGAACUAAUUGACAAAAAAUGUAAACUACUUGAAAACCUUACCCUACUUAAAAAAGAGCAUGAAUGCUGUGAAGUAGAGUCAUCUUUAAAGGAGGCCAGCUUUGAGGACGAGGCAGCAGAGGCACGAAGUUUGGAGACAACAUGUGAAAAGCGGAGCAGGUCCAAUGAUGAACUUGAGGAUGAGAUACUUGGUCUCAAAAAAGAGUUAACAGAACAGAAAUCAAAACAUUCUGAACAAAAGCAACUGAUGACAGAUAUUUCAAAAACGAUACAGUCUCUAGAAGAUAAGUCAAAAUCCCUCAAAUCACAAGUAGCUGAAGCCAAAAUCAUCUUCAAGAUAUCUCAAAUGAAUGAAGAACGACUGAAGAUAGCGAUAAAAGAUGCCUUGAAUGAAAAUUCUCAACUUCAGGAAAGCCAGAAACAGCUUUUGCAAGAAGCUGAAGUAUGGAAAGAACAAGUGAGUGAACUUAAUAAACAAAAAAUAACAUUGGAAGACUCCGGAGCACACGCAGAGCAAGUUCUAAACGAUAAAGACAAUCACAUCGAGACUCUGACGGAACGCUGGCUGAAGAUGAAAGACUGGGCUGCUGUGCUUGGAGAAGACAUAAUGGAAGAUGAGAACUGGAAAUUACCAAUGAACAGUGAAUCAGAAGAUGGUGCUAACUCAGAUCAUCCUCCAGAAGGAGCUUCGAAGAAACUGAUUCAUGCUGCAAUAAAUGCUUCUUUGAAAAUCUUGGAAGGAGAAAGAAACCAAAUUGAUUUUCAGUUAUCUGAAGUUGAAAAAACAAAGGAAGAGCUUACACAGUGUACUAAAAAUCUUCAGACUCAACAAGCAUCUUUGCAGUCAGAAAACACACAUUUAGAAAGUGAGAAUCAGAAGCUUCAACAGAAACUUAAAAUAAUGACUCAGUUCUAUCAAGAAAAUGAAAUGAGACUCUAUAGGAAAUUAACACUACAGGAGAACAGCCAGUUAGAGAAAGAAGAGAAACUUUCUAAAGUAGACAAAAAGAUCGUUCAUCCCACCGAGGAGCUGGAGACCUACAGAAAGCGAGCCAAAGAUCUCGAAGAAGAACUCAAGAGAACUAUUGAUCACUAUCAACGGUGGACCAUUGCCUAUGAGGAAAAAGCACAUCGUGAUCAGCUGGCAGCUUGGACUGCUGAGGGAAACCUCAAUGAUUUAAGGAAAGAAAAUGCCCACAGCAGACAAAAAUUAACUGAAAUAGAGUUUAAAUUUAAACUCUUAGGAAAAGAUCCUGAUGCAUUUGAUGUUCCAAAUAGGGCAUUUGGCAGAGAAUAUUCCCUGUACGGUCCCUCACCAAUGGGUGGACCUUCAUGUGAAACUAGAGCUUUUCUCUGUCCUCCAAAUCUGUUGGAGGGUCCACUCAGACUCUCAGCUUUGCUUCCUGGGGGGAAAGGAAGAGGCUCAAGAGGCCCAGGGAAUCCUCUGUAUCGUCAGAGUACCAAUGAAAGAGGAGAAUCAACCUGUGGUGGGUUACCGGAUCCUCACAGGGCUCCUUCUGACACUGGGUUCCUGUCACCUCGGUGGGAACAGGACCGUAGGAUGAUGUUUCCUCCACCAGGACACCAGGUCUACUGUGGUUGUUGACAAAUGGGAAAGUAACUUUAUGCUUAAUUAAAUAAAUUGUAGUUUGUUUUAAAAAUAUAUACAUAUAUGUCUUAUUAUUCUUCAGGUGCAGAGAGACCAACAGGUCAAGAGUCGAUUACCACUGAAAAGGCAGUUUGUGACUCACAGAUCCCAAGAGAAGGAAAAGUACUAUGCCAUGCAGGAGCACAUAGGGAGGCACUGUGGUCACUGAGAAGGCAGGAGUGAUGGGAAAACAUGGGCAAGCGCCUUUAUUGUGGUUUCCAGGGGAAGGAAUGAGUGAGGCAAGGUGAACCAGGUUAAGGUUAGCUACUAUAGUGUGAGUAAUUUCCACAUGCUCUGGGCAUAGGGGCUGUCCCUAGUAGUCUGGUUCCUGGCCCUGGAGUGAUUAGGGCAGAGGAAUAGUGGCCUAGAGUGUGUGAGUCCUGUGGAAGGCUGAAGAAGUAGGUAGCUGGGGCAGGAGCUCUGGACUGGUUAGGUUGUGUCUGAAAAGCACACUCAUGGGCAAGUUGUUUGCUGUCUCUAGGAAAUGGCUAACCCUGGGUGGGACAGGCCUGCCAAAGUAAGCAAGGCCCUAGACACCGAAGCAUCAGAAUACACAAAAAGACAUGGUUAAUAUGGUAUCAGAGCCUCUGUCUUCAUGCGGCCUUUCAUGAAGGGCUCUAGAGGGAGCUCCCUGAAGUGGAUGUCAAGGGCCAUUCAAGACAGUAGAAGUUACAAGGUCACGUACAGCUUCCAAGCAAAGCUGGAAGAUAUACGACAUCACUUUUGCUGAUCCCAUGCGUCAUAGGAAGUCACAGACGCACCCCAGAUCCCUGCUCAUGCUGAGAGGAGAGGAACAUUAACCAUGUGGGAGGGGAAGGUCAUCACCGUUGUUUUUGCCGACAACCUGCCACAGAAGAUGUGGCUUCGGAGUGCUGCCAAGGCCUUUCUGAAUGGACCAGAUCCAAUAGGAAGAGCAGAAAGCAGCUGGGUUCCAGCUCAUUGUCUUUGCUAGUCUGGAGUCAGGUUAUAGCUUCCCUCCCACUGUUGGUCCCCACAUUGAGGGUCAGUUGGGUGUUUGCCCGGGAGCCUGCAGGGAUUUUUGUGCCUUUAGAAGAGGGUUGGCAUGGCUUUGGGUUGCUGUCUCUGAAACUGCCCCAGAGCCUGGCAUCCCAGGAGAGUCCCGGCCUGCUCUGGCAGGGAGCCUAGGCCUGUUUGCAAACUGUUUGAAAGCUUUAGGGUCAAGCUCUCUCAUAGACAUACUAUUUUCUUAUCAGGAGUUACAAUAACCCUAGAACUUCUCCCAUAGAAAUGCAGAUGCUUUAUUACAAUGAAAGUACCAUUUGUAAAGCAUAUGGAAUUAGGCCAGUAACAACCAGCAUCUGCUCCACACUUAAGGGCCCGUGAAGCACCUUCUCCUGUGCUCUUCCUUGUUCUCACAGUCACCUGUGGUUAGGCCUCGUUAUCCUACUUUUUCAUAUCAGAACACUGAAGCUCUAGGGACUCCCUGCUCCCUGUCUUGCUGGGGGCUCAAAAUCGGCUUGGGGCCCUAGGAGCUGCCCUGGGCCUAAGGGUGAAGCUAUGGGAGCCCUACAAAGCCUGCCCCAUUUCGUGCCAGCACCUCCGUGAAUUCCUUCUCUCCCCUAUACCUGCUCAUUCUGUGUGGCUGCACUCAUUAGAUUAUUUCACCCUUUUUAUUAGAUGCCUCAGGGAGUCCCCUUUGUGGGCCCAGUUAAUCUCUGCAGGGGGCACUGACACCCCAGGUACAGCCCAGCCCUGCAUGCUGCUCUUUGCUCCAGGGACCCCACCUUGUCCACCAUUUGCUGGGAGAAGAUUUCAGUCCCUCCAGAACACAAGCCUGUGAGGAGCCACACUGGCUCCAGAGCCCGAGCCCCAGUCACCGCUGGGUGCAAUGCACAUUCCUCAGCUGUGCAGUGGUGGAGCUUCAUCCUGGUGAUCCUUUGUUCUGGAUCUAGGUGUCUCAGUGAGACGCCAGCUGCUUCAGAGCCCCGGGUGAAGCCGUCAUUCUCAAUCCGAUUGAGGAAGAGAAGGCGGCAUCUCAGCUGAGUUGCUGUCCAACAUAAAACCACGGGGCAUUGUGCUCAGACACAUGCUGACAGUAACCGAGGCUAAUGAGGCAGGGUCUCUCAUAAUAGCAUUGUUUCUUUGGAAACCAAGGUG